CGGGGGUGGCGGCGCUUCCUCCUGGGCUGCGAGGCAACCAAGUGGCUCGCGAGCCCCGGCCCGGAGGGGCUGCGGCCUCCUGGGGGAGGGGGGCGGACAUGUCUCUCGAAGAUCCAUUCUUUGUAGUGCGAGGCGAGGUGCAGAAGGCGGUGAACACGGCCCGCGGGCUGCACCAGCGCUGGUGCGAGCUCCUCCAGGAAGGCGGCGCGGGCGGCCGCGAGGAGCUGGACUGGACGGCCAAUGAGCUGCGAAAUGGCCUGCGCAGCAUCGAAUGGGACCUCGAGGACCUGGAAGAGACCAUCGGAAUCGUGGAAGCCAACCCGGGCAAGUUCAAGCUGCCCGCUGGGGAUCUGCAGGAGAGAAAGGAAUUUGUGGAGCGGAUGCGGGAGGCGGUGCAGGAAAUGAAGGACCAUAUUGUGAGCCCGGCCUCUGUAGCCUUCAUGGAGAGGAAAAACAGAGAGCAGAUGUUGGUGGGCAAACCAGCUGCCCAGAAGUCACCCAGCGACCUGCUGGACGCAAGCGUGGUCUCGGCCACUUCUCGCUACAUUGAGGAGCAGCAGGCCACGCAGCAGCUGAUCAUGGACCAACAGGACCAACAGCUGGACAUGGUGUCCGGGAGCAUCCGGGUCCUAAAACACAUGUCCGGCCGCGUCGGGGAGGAGCUGGAGGAGCAGAGCGGUAUGCUGGAUGCCUUUGGCCAUGAGAUGGACCACACCCAGUCACGCAUGGACGGCGUCCUCCGUAAGAUGGCCAAGGUGUCCCACAUGACGAGCGAUCGCCAGCAGUGGUGUGCCAUCCUGGUGCUUCUUGGGGUGCUGCUCCUGGUCUUGCUCCUGCUGGUCUUGCUCUGACCUUGACCUACGCCCCCACCCCCGAGAGGAACAGGUGGAGCCCUUGGGAGUUGUGCCCCAGGCUCUCAUCCAGGGCCCUGGGCUGGAGCACCCCCCACACCACCACCAGGGUCCUGUCUCAAGUGCACUUAGUGGGUGAAGGUGGGAGACCUGCCACACUUUCCCCACCUCCCACCCGUGUCAACUUCCGGAAUCCCAGGGCCGUCAGUGGCGGCCAUUGUACCUUCACAAGUGCCAAUCUGGAAAUAAAUCCGCAGCCUUUUUUUUUAAAAAAUAUGUAUUUAUAUCCUACAUCGUGUUGAUUUUGAACUUGUAGCUGACCACAGCUCAUUGCAUCCACGGGGGGUCUGUGUGUGUAUGUGCGUGUGUAUGACUGCCAUAGCUGAUGUUUGGGAGAGAAACAAUGAUUCUGCUGAAUUCUGGGCGUUAAUAAGGUGGCUGAACCCACGGCUCGGGACACCCAGAUCCCACAGUGGAACCGCUCACGCGGGAGACCUGGAUGGAGUUUCCCAGCUUCCAGUGUCAGCCCCGGGCCAUUGGGGGCAUUUGGAGAGUUGAACGGGUGGACAGCAGCUCUG